AUGUUGCGAUCGCAGAAGCUGCUUCAACGCAGCAGCAUGGCCGCUCGCCAUCUUGCGCGCGGUCCAUCGACAAGCCGACUAUACAGCAUGCAGAUUGAGCCUGAAAACUCCAACAAGCCGGCUGUCAGACAGGGCAACGAGGCCAAGCUGGGCAGAUCGUUCCAGGGCCAGGUCAUGGGCAGUAUUGGCGCCCGUUUAAGGAGAGAGCGCGAGCAAAGAGCGCACUACGAGAAAUGGAGAGACAUGACAGAUCCUUCAAGGAAUUGGAUGCUUACAUUUUUGUUCAUGUCCAGUAUCGGAAUUGCGUACUGGCUAGGAACAUACUGGCCUAGCCCCGAGCCGACAAAGUCUACCCUUCCCCUAUCUGAUUCGAGAGAACCCAAGCAUAACACAAAGCUGGAGAACAUGCAGGCCGCUUGGGCCGACUUCAUCAAGAUCCUCGGCAAGGAAAAUGUCAGCACCGUCGACGCGGACCGUGCAUCCCACUCUACAUCCGACUGGUCUUCCCACAAGGCCGGUGACGACGAGAAGCCUUUUUGCAUUGUAUACCCCUCCACUACGGCAGAGGUUUCGGAGAUUAUGAAGGUCUGCCAUCUGCGCAGAAUCCCCGUGGUCGGAUACAGCGGCGGCACCAGCCUCGAGGGCCACUUCACACCGACGCGAAAGGGCAUCUCCAUUGACUUUGGCCGCAUGGACAAGAUUGUCAACCUGCACAAGGACGAUCUCGACGUAGUGGUGCAGCCCGCUGUUGGCUGGGAGAAUCUCAAUGAGGAGCUGGCCAAGGAUGGACUCUUCUUCCCUCCUGACCCUGGCCCUGGUGCCAUGAUUGGCGGCAUGGUCGGCACUGGCUGCAGCGGCACAAACGCCUACCGAUACGGCACGAUGCGCGAGUGGGUUCUCAACCUCACUGUCGUACUGGCCGACGGCACCAUUAUCAAGACUCGCCAGCGCCCCCGCAAGAGCUCUGCCGGCUACGAUCUGACCAAGCUCUUCAUCGGCUCCGAAGGCACCCUCGGUCUUGUCACUGAGGCUACGCUCAAGCUGGCUGUCAAGCCCGAGUCCACUAGCGUUGCUGUCUGCUCGUUCCCGUCGAUCCGUCACGCUGCCAGCUGCGUUAGCAAGGUCGUCGGCAAGGGCAUCCCCGUCGCUGCUGUCGAGAUUCUCGACGACAACCAGAUGAAGUGCAUCAACGAUGCCGGCAUGACAUCGCGCACAUGGAACGAAGCCCCUACGCUGUUCUUCAAGUUUGCCGGCACACCAAGCUACGUCAAGGAGCAGAUCUCACAGGUCCAGGGCCUUGCUAAGCAGGCCGGUUCCAAGACAUUCGAGUUUGCCAAGAGCGCGCAGGAGCAGGACGAGCUGUGGAGCGCCCGCAAAGAGGCGCUUUGGAGCGCCAUGGCUGUCAAGAAGGAGGGUGACCGCGUGUGGACUGGCGAUGUCGCCGUGCCCAUGACCCGUCUGCCCGAUCUGAUUGAGGAGACCAAGGAGGAUAUCCGCAAGAGCGGCAUCUUUGGAACCAUUGUCGGCCACGUCGGCGACGGCAACUUCCACUCUAUCCUCAUCUACAACGACGCCCAGCGCCACAAGGCCGAGACGAUCGUCAAGCGCAUGGUCAAGCGCGCCGUCGAGAUGGAGGGCACGGUGACUGGUGAGCACGGCGUUGGUCUCGUCAAGCGCGACUACCUGCCCCACGAGCUGGGAGAGUCUACAGUCGAUGCUAUGCGCCAAGUGAAGAAGGCAUUUGAUCCCCUCUGCCUGCUCAACACCGACAAGGUCGUCCGCGUGCAACGGCCUAACAAGACCGAUCCUCUCGAGAAGUGGUAG